AUGGCUUGCAUUAGUUUUGCGUUUAAGGCUUUGUGUUUGUCUCUCUUGGUCGUCGCCGUCACAUGUCGUCCAGACACCGGACCACAAGUCUUCGACGUCCAAAGCUACGGUGCAAAAGGCGACGGUCAAACGGAUAAUACUAAUGCGUUUACAAAUGCGUGGAAAGAUGCUUGCGCAUGGAAUGGACUUAGCAGAAUGUACAUACCGGAAGGAACGUUCUUUAUCGGUGGUGUAACAUUUGGUGGACCAUGCAAAGGUCAGACUUCGUUUGUCAUCGAUGGAACCUUAUUGGCUCCUACAAACAAUGACGACAUUAAAAAGGAGACGUGGAUCAACUUCUGCCACAUCGACUUUCUCACCAUCUCUGGCGGCGGUACCAUCGACGGCCAAGGCAAAGAGUCUUGGCCACGUAAUGACUGCGACAAGAACAUUAAUUGUCCUAAACUAGCCAUCAACAUGGGAUUUGAUUACGUGAAUAAUUCAAGUAUCGAAGGGAUAACAUCACUAAACAGUAAAGCAGGACAUUUGAAUUUCUACGCCGUUGAUCAUUUCAGCAUCACGGGCGUCAACAUAACAGCUCCCGGAGAUAGCCCCAAUACCGACGGGAUCAAAAUAGGCUUUUCAAGCAAUAUUCAAAUCUCCAACACUCACAUUGGCACAGGGGACGAUUGUAUCGCCAUCCUUUCAGGAAAUACUAAUUUUGAAAUCUCUCACGUCACUUGUGGUCCCGGACAUGGGAUUAGUGUCGGAAGCUUGGGAAGGUAUAAGGAGGAGAAGAACGUUGACGGCUUAGUGGUUAGGGAUAUGGUCUUUACCGGCACGAGUAAUGGCGUACGGAUCAAGACAUGGGAAUCCUCUGUUGUAGCGAUUUUAGUUUCUAACUUUGUGUUUGCAAAUAUACAGAUGAUCGAUGUGGAAAGUCCUAUUAUGAUCGAUCAGAAGUAUUGCCCUCACCCGCCUUGCAAAAAAAUGGGAGAGUCUCACGUUCAGAUUGAAGAUGUGACGUUAAAGAAUAUUUGGGGGACGUCGAUGAACAAGGUGGCUGUGAAUCUUCAAUGUAGCGAAAGCUUUCCUUGCAAGAAUGUUUAUUUAGUUGACAUCAACUUAACGCACAAUGGAACCGACGGUCCCGCGACGGCGUUAUGUGAGAACGUUGAAGGUUCUGCUUCUGGCAAUAUGUUUCCACCACAUUGUCUGAAUUGA